AUGAACAACUAUGAUAAGUCUCUGACGACAGAGCCUGGAGAUCAAAAGAUGAGUGGAGAGCAGACAAGGCCAAAGUCGGCCACUCAAACUGCUCCUCGGCAACAACAGCUUCCUUCGUUAAGCAGUAUCUUUGGACCACCAGCUACUGGUCGACCAGCACACUCACCUCUUUCCGAACAUAACAACUCUUACUCUACAUCAACCCCCCGAGAGCGUACCCAUGCACCAUCUGGUGACAGGAACCAUUCGGUGUCUUACUUUCCUCAGACAGUGUCGCCUUCCGUAUCACAGCCUCGAAGCACAUACGACAACAAGUUCGAAACAGACCGACAGCCAAUCCAUGCUCUCCCUCGAUCUUACUCUGGCUCAGCAUCUCCUAGGUAUCGUGAUGGAGAGCAUUCUCGUCGCGAGUCAGUCGUUGAAGGACAGUCUGGCAGAUGGCCAGUGCAACCGGAGAACCGAACUGAGUACUCUUUGGGAUCUCGAGAUGGAUCUUUUAGACCACCCCAGGAUCAGUUUCGACUCCAGUUCCCUGACAACAAGGAACGUGUGGUCCCCACUUACAACGGCCAACGUUCACCUCAAGGGUCUCUAAUCCCUCCGCCAACACCGAGCACUACAGCGACUGAGGGUCUUCCGUCAAAGGAUGGGCUGGGCCCUAAGAUCUGGACUGGAACACACUUUCUACCCCGAUUUGUGAGGGCUACUGAGGUGCCUGGAGAGGGGAUGUGCUAUUUCUACGAUGAUGGUAGUCACUGUAAAACAGUGAUCGAUGGAGAAGCAGUAAAUGCCCAUUGGGGUGUCACCAAGGCUGGCAAGCCCAGGAAGCGACUCGCUAUUGCUUGUGUAACCUGCCGCGAAAAGAAGAUCAAGUGCGACCCUGACUAUCCCCGCUGUGUCCAGUGUGAGAAGUUUGGCAGAAUAUGCAAAUUCAAAAAUGCACCUCGAGGAGGGCACAAUACAUCUCCCUCAACACCACCAGCAGAGCUCGAUGAUGGGCCAUCGAGACCUACCCAGAGCGAGAAUAGCUCGCCAGUAUCCCCACGCACCACUCUGCGACCAUCUUCACCCGACACUGGCUCACAUAAGAGGCUUCGAGUGGGAUACGAUAAUUAUGUUGCUAUGGGGGAGCCGGUGCACGCAAUUCCUUCUGCUGAACCUCCCAGACCUCAAAUGCCUAUACCACCCCCAGCUAUCGAGUUGCCUCGAAUCUCCGAAGAAGUCCUUAACCAAGCUUGGCGAACUGACCCCUGCCUGUCCGACCCACAGUCUAUCCGUUCAGUCAUCUCGCACUUCUUUGUUCAUCUUGAUAGCACCAUGAUUGUACGCUUCAUUCCCGAGAACGUUUUUAAGAACUGGGUUAUGAACCCGGGAAUUCGAAAGUCUCCCGAGGACUUGAUGAUUCUAUACAGUAUUCUCGCUGUGGGAGUUGCUCUAUCCGGAGGACCUAAGGCUAUUGCUUUCGAAUAUGCUUCUGUUGCUAACUAUGCACAAAAGUCGACAACAUCCAGCUGCAUCCAGCUGGUCCAGACGAGAAUUCUGCUCGCCCUCUACUACAUAUCCAUCUCCCGCUCUGCUGAGGCUGGUGAGAUGAUCUCUGCAGCUGUCGCGACAGCCGCUUGCCUUAAGCUCCAUGUCGAGAUUGAGGAGUCGAGGGAAGCCAGUCUCGUGACAUUCCCUUUCGGCAUGAACAAGGCAGGGUACUGUGAAGCUAGGAGGCGAACUUUCUGGUCUCUUUACAUGUUAGAGCGACUUGAUGGCCACUUCCCUGAACGCUUUGCCAUGAUCAAUGCUGAAGACAUCUAUACUCGCUUACCUGCAGACUCUCACAGCUUUGAGCGUGAAUUGGAUGGAUACGCCCCGAUCUUCAACCCUUACGUCUCGAGCUUCACGACAGCGCAUGAUCGUGAGUUGGGUAUUUCGGCUUACUUGAUUGAGAUGGUCCAUUUAUGGUCCAGUGAUGUGUGUCUGAUUUACAGGAUGGCCCGCCGUGCCAACUCGGCGGAAACAGACCCGAAUUCAUCUCAAAGAAUUCUGAAGCGUAUACAAGAAUGGCGCAAUGCCUUGCCUUCUCGCCUGGCUUUUACCGCAUCAAACCUCGAGUCUGCGGCUCUGGCGGGAGAACUCGGCCCUUUCCUGACCAUGCAUCUCUUAUACAACCACGCCAUCAUCAAACUUAACCGGCACACUACUGCGGCUGGACGUUGUUCACCCCAGACCGCUUCGCUUCACAUCCAGACAUGCUACGAACACGCAACACAGGUCUUGGACAUGGCCAAGGCACUUGUGCGACUCCACCGUGGGGGUCAGACCGUCUUGAGCGCUCCGGCACCAGUUCUUGCAAUGGUAUUGACUGAAGCUGUCGAUGUCUUCACCGCGAGCGGCCGUUUAUCUCAUGUAAACGAUAUCAUUGAGAACGUGCACAUGGUCCAGGGUGUUGUUCAGGCCAUGUUCGCCAUCUGGGACAAUGUGCGUAGCGCACAGGAGGUGAUUGAUGGCCGUAUUGGAAUGCUGCACCGCAUUCGAGACCGUGGCAGCCAACCAGUCAGUCCAGUUGAAGGCUACCGCGUCUUCUACAGUUCUGAAGGACGCGAGGAUGAAAAGGUUCUUCGCUGGCAAAUCAACAACCCGAUGGAGAAGUUGUAUCCCAGGGAUAUGGAUACCUCCCAUAUUCUCACCCUCACUCGCACCCUCGUCGUCCCAGCUUCCAGCUUUCAGCUUCAGCUUCACCUUCAGGCGUGGCGUCUUGCUCUCAGCCCGGUCCAUGCCCUUGCAUACUCCGCUUCACCAGGCACCUACAUCCUCGCCGGUUCAGCGGACCGAACCAUCCGCCUCUACAACCCAUUUCCCAGCACAUCCGCCCCAGGCGAGGACCGCCACAGCAUACCUCAGGGUCGCCUCAUCCAAAACUACGCUGCACACGGCUAUGAGGUUCUGAGCCUUUCAGUUGCGGCUGACAAUGAGCGCUUUGUAUCGGCCGGCGGCGACCGCAGCGUCUUCCUCUGGGAUGUGAGUACAGCUGUGACUACCAAGCGCUUUGGUGGCAACGCUCAUGGCCAUACUGCUCGGAUUAACUGUGUGAGUUUUGCGGGCGAAGGUGAUUCCAUCAUUGUGAGUGGUGGAUUUGAUACGAGUGUCAGGCUGUGGGAUACCAAGAGCAACAGCUUCAAGCCUAUACAAGUUUUUGACGAGGCGAGUGAUGCCAUAACUUGUCUUGCGGUUCGAGGACCCGAAGUCAUCGCAGGAAGUGUCGAUGGUCGCGUUCGCAGCUACGAUAUUCGCAUGGGACAGGUAACUACAGAUGUUAUCGGUGCCUCUGUCACCAGUCUCAGUCUCACACGUGAUGGACGUGCCAUGCUAGUGGGCAGUCUGGACAACAAGCUGCGUCUCAUGGAUCGCGACAACGGCUCUUGUCUAAGGGCAUACACUGACCCAGCGUGGAAGAAUGAGGACGUCAAAUUACAAGCGCUUCUGGGCGGUAAGGAGAAGUACGUCAUGGUCGGCGAUGCUAUGGCUGGUGAAGCUGCACCCAAUGGUCAAGGAAGGAUCUGGGCUUGGGAUUUAUUGACAGGAAAACUGGCUGCCAAAGUGACUGUUCCCUGGGGCCCACAGGGCUUUGAACUUAAGAAGAAAGCUGUUGGUCGCGACGGAAAAGAAAAGAUAAGGAGCAACGUCGUGAGCUGUAUGGCAUGGAGGGAACAUGGUUGGGGAGACCAGUUCUGCGUGGGUGGGACAUCAGGCGUGGUAACGGUCUAUGGAGCAUUGUAA